CACCCUCCCGUCGGAGAGGUGCGUACUCACCGCCAGAGAGAACCCGGAGGCAGAUACAAAAGGAGGCUCUGAAGUCGGAGAGGUGACUCAGAUUAUCCCCCGCAGUACCGGGUCGGGUGGGAUUAACGUCAGACCGAUUUCCUCCGUGCCAUCAACAGAUCUCAUCCUCAUCAUCAUGAGGAAGGUAGCCGGCAGACACUUGUUGUGCUUCCUCCUGCUGGCGUUCCCGUUGUCCUGGGCAGAGGACGUGAGGAAAAAUGUGAAGAAGAGUGAGAACAACACAGUUUUGAGCCAUGCGAAGACCAAGCGACUGUUUGCGAGAAGAAAGUUUUCUCCACCACAGGAAAGCCACACCCCUAAGAACAAGUCGAAUCUCACGCCCCCUGGACGCCGCUGCAGCCGCCUGAUGGAGAGCUGCUCCCCGCAUGUCCCGUGCUGUGACCCCUCCGCUUCCUGCCGCUGUCGACUCUUCAACACCAUCUGCCACUGCUGGAGGAUGAACCCCCUGCGCUUAAAGAAGACGUAGACACAGCCCAGCACCCGCAGUGACAGACAUGCAUACACAAAGAAAUGCACAUACUCUGCCUUUUGACCCCUGGGCGCAGUUCAGAUAAUAUUAAUACUGUAAUGUUUGGAAAAUCAUAAACAAAAAAAGUUCUUAAUAAUGAAGCCCUGUUUGUUUCUGUCGUCAGUCUUCUGAGACAUAAAGAGAAUAUUCUAAUACCCAACAUACAGUAUGUAGAUGUAACCAAGGAUGAGUGACAUGCUUUUUUCAUGUAUGCAGACAAACACGUAUAAAAUAUUUGCUGCUUUUCAACGUUGAAUCACUUUUGCUCUCACGCCAUGUUAAACAUGUGGGGACCUAAAAACAGAUUAACAUAAGGACAUAUAUCUUUCUUUCUUUUUUUCUUUUUUUUAAAGUUGGUGCCCUAUAGACUAGAUGUAGAAAAAAGAAGCAAAGUAAUUUGUUAAAACCCAGACUUUUCCGUUUCUAUGUAAAAUAUGCCUUGGAUAAAAAGAUGCAUUUGGAUCCCAAAACGUGGAAUUGCUAACUAUUCCCCUGUGGAUUUAUGAGUUCAACUUAGUUCAUGUUUAUGCUAUUGAAUAAAUACUGUAUAGCGUAAGCCUAUAUUAUCCUUGCGUUUUGUACUUUUACAGUGGAAAUGUCCUAAAAUGCAUACAUACAUAGAUUUAGAAUUACAAGUUACUUAUAUAUGGAAUUAAGGGAGGAAAACAUUUUUUGUUUAGGAAAUAUGAGACGCAGCAUCGAAACAAAGCCAACAAAAAUACUGUUUCUCGGCAGCUGUCUUGUGGAUAAACAGGGACUAAAACUGUUUUGUAUUCUCUUUCAGGACAAUUAUGUGGAAAACUUAAGGAUAACACACUUGAACCUUGUAUGUAUAUGGCCAAGUGUGAAUCUAGAAAGAACUUGCAUGAACGAACACAUGUUAAUUUUAGUCUGUGAAUUCCAAAAUAAAGCAAUGUUAAAUCCU